AUGUCAGUGUCGUCGUUUGCCAAGUUCAAGAUCCUCUACUACUUCAGCAAUACUCAGCAGAUCAAUUUCACAUCGACUACAUUCAACAGGUAACACACCAAGGGCAUCUAUGGGGUCGGGCACACAACCAGAAGUCGUUUGUCGGUGUGGUUGGUCAAGGGGUGUCGGUGGCGGCCGUGUGGAUCGCCUGUUGACCAAGUCGCCCCGCACACCAGUGGCCGGCUGCACGACCACGAUGAGCUGGAAUGAGGAGUGGGGCGGUCGUGAGACGUGUCGUGAGCGAUGGCUGGUGCUCACCAACAGCAGCCACCCCUUUGUCGCGUGGAUUUCCAUUAGGGAAUCCGAAGGGAAAUGCGGUCAGAAUGACAGAGGGAUUGCUUCUGGUCAAAUGUCAUUAGGAUUUCCUUUCUUAUUGUCUGCAGUCUAUGGGUGUGUCGAGACGACUGAGGUGGCUGUGUGUAGGAGUGGCGCCUUCAAGCCCCGCUUCCCAGUGACCACUCAGCUGGCUCGCGUGGUGUUGGGGGCGGUGGCGCCAUUCGUAUUCGACGGACAAGUGCAACCGCCGCCGCAGCAGCAGCAACAACAACAGGAGCAACAACAACAGCAGCAGCAACAACAACAGCAGCAAGAUGACGAUGACAAUGACAAUGGUACAGAUACAGAGAGGGACAUAUUCAAACAUUCAUCGGAUGGAUGGACGGAUGAUGUCCCUUCUCUCUCUGUGUGUGGAAUAGAUUUGGACGAUGGUGUGGGUGUGUGCAGAUGUCGACGACGGCAGCGGUGAUGAUGAGAGUGACGAUAUGAAUGACGGCAGCGGAGAGGGCGGUAGAAGUACACAGCCACACACACCCAAUACGCCCCCACGUCGACCUCCAUCACAUUCAUUCAUUCAUUCAUUGAUGUCAAUGAUGUGUGUGUUGUGCCCUCGGCAGGUGAGGGUGGCGCAGCUGAGGUGGAGGUAUGGGUCGACAUCUGGGGAUUCGGAGACAACACCGGUAAGAAUGACAGAGGGAGGGCUUGCUGCUGGUCAGAUGUCGCGUGUUCUUCCUCUUCUUGUCUGCAGGGUCGGUGUCCGUUAGGACUAUCGAGGCGCCUGUGUGUGAAGGUGGUUUGUUCAAGCAUCGCUUCCCGGUCACCACUCAGCUAGCGCGUGUGGUGUUGGGGGCAGUGGCGCUAUUUGGGUUCGAUGAUGGUGAUAAUGAUGUUACGAUAGACGAAGGGACACACACAUGGAUGGAUGAAUGACGUGCCUUCUCUUUGUGUGUGAUGUCUGGUGUGCUCUGCAGGUUUCGGACAAUGGAAACGAUAUAGAUGACGGCAGCGGGGAGGGCAGCGGAGGUAUACAGGCACACAUAGAUGUCCCCACGUCAAUCUGCAUCACAUUCAUUUGUGUGUACGUGCGUGUAUGUAUGUGUGUGUGUUGCUUCGGCAGGUGAGAAUGCCGAAGCUGAGGAGGAAAGGGGCGGCUGAUCGGCAGACCUAUCAGUCAAUACGUACUGGGGUGAUCAUGCAGCGAUCCAUCUCCUCUGUCAUUAUGUGGUUGAAUAUCGCCAUGCCCUGUGUGUAUAUGUGUGUGUUGUCUCAGGAGGGCAUCUCUUUUGUUUUAGCUGUCGUCAUUUUUCUCUGUAGCCGAUCCGUUUCUUCAAGACAGAUCACACACCCAUCACUCUGUAGACCAGCAGCUGCUGGUGUGUGACCGAAUGGCUGGCUUGGCUCUGAUGGAUGGGUGUGUCGGCUGGCCUAUGGUUUUCCCUUUUUGUCCAUUCAUCUGUCUUCUCUGUGUGUACCCCUCCUUCCAUCCCUCCCUCUGUGUGUGUGUGUGUGUGUGUCCUCCGUGUGUGUGUGUCCUCUGUGUGUCUGUGUGUGUGUGUGUGUGAAUGUGUGGAGGGAGAUCCGCCCGUCCUCAUCGUCCUCAUGACUGCAUGCCGCGGGUGUGAAUGUGGGCGCAUCUCGUGUGAUUCCAUCUGCUCCCCCAGCGAGCGAUGUGUGACUGUAUUUGGCUGCCCUUUGACUCACACUGCCUUGUCACUCUCCGUUUGCAUGUGUGUGCCGUAACGGACAUCGAGUGAACACUUCACUUAAUUAUACGGAUGGC